AGCAGUGCACGCGCACAUUCGCGUCAUCGGAAAUAAACACAACAUGAAGUUUUAGAACGACCUCAGUAAACCCGUUGCAUCUUUCAUAGGGUCAGCAUCAAUAUUGUAUAAAAUGCCGCAUUUAAAAGAUCCCAAACCAAGGGAGCCUUUGUGGAAAGAAUGGGAUUACAAUGCCCAGAAAAAGGGAGUUCGUCACACCGUGUAUUCAGUCAACGGGGAUGAAUACACUGGGGAAUGGCAGGACAACAAGAAAGAUGGGAAGGGUACAUAUAAAUGGAAGGCCACCGGUGCCAUCUAUGAUGGGGACUGGAAGAAGGGUAAGAGGAAUGGUUUUGGCACCUUCAGCUACCCUGAUGGGAAGGGCGGCUUCAGGAAAGAUUUCUCCGGUGGCUGGAAGAACGAUAAGAGACACGGUUAUGGCACCCAGUUCUAUGCGGACACCGAGUACUACGAGGGGGAGUGGUACGCGGACAAGCGGAGUGGCUGGGGAAGGAUGUACUUCCAGGAUGGCACCAUCUACGAGGGGGAGUGGUACGAUGAUCUCAGAAGUGGACAAGGCAUGCUUCGACAAACCAAUGAGAACAGGUACGAGGGUUCCUGGAAGGAUGGCAAGAAGAACGGCCCAGGUAAAUUCUACUACCUGAACUCGGGCCAGGUAUUUGAGGGUGUGUGGGUGGACAAUGUCCCCAAGUGCGGCACCAUGCAGGACUACGGGCGUGACGGCGCCCCCGGACCAACACAGUACCCAAUACCGGAGGUGAAGCUGGACAAUCCCGAGGCUGUGGUGGCUGAAGCCGAGGAACAGUUCCUCCAGGAUCAGGACUGACCAAUUAGAUCUCUCACACGAUACCAUGCGCUCAUAUCAAAGUUACAAAAAAAUUUCUUUGCAAGUCAUACUGUCAAAAGUUUGUUUUACUUAGUUCUGUUAACGCCUUGUGAUAUAUUCCAGUAUGCAGUAUUAAUACUUUUAACAUUCAUACACAUGAAUUUAAUUUGAUGAUUUUCCUGGUUACGGUCCUGAGCCAAAUACCUCACGAAUGAAUGGCCAGAUAAAACUAAUAACUGCCAAACUGGCUAUCAACACUGAUUCAGUAUUUAUUAUUUUCAUUCAAAAUGAUACACUUUAUAGUUUUCUUUUAAUCUGUAUCUGUUUAUUAUGCGUUGUUACAUGGUUUGUUUGAGUCGGGAUGUAUUAAUGUUACCAUGGUUACGCCAUCAAAUACCCUGUAUAUUGAUGUUGCCAUGGUUAUGCCAUCAAAUACAUUGUAUAUUGAUGUUAGAGCAUACUACACUUCUGUACAUAAACAUUUAUGUAAAUAUUAUUUUGCUGCAUAUAUUUUAAUGCCUUUUAUGCUACAAGUUGAUACAAUUGUAUUUAGCUAUGAGGGGAAUAGUGAAAGUUUUGUAUGGAUGGUUUACUUUUAGAAAUAUUUAGUGAUAUACUUGCAAUAUUUACAAAUUUGAAGCUGUAUCAUGUGAAAAUGUAUAUUCAUUAUUAAUACACUUCACCCCGUCAGA